AAAAGAAAGAAAAAAAAAAGUUAUUAGAGAGAGAAAGAGACUGCAGAGUUGCAGGUUUUUUAGCAGAAAUGGUGGCAGAUUGUUUUAACUUUACAUGUGAAAUUAUUUUUCUCUCUUCUCUUCACUUGUGGUGCUAUGAGAGUAGUGCUGUUUUGUGGCAGAAACAACGAUGUGAUUGAACAUCUAAACCUUUGUUCAGUUUAUAUUCAUUAAUACUAUUAUUAAUAUUAUUACAUUGAUAAUAGUAUCACAAUCUUUGAAAUCAAAUUCUUCUUCAUAUUAUUUCACAUAAAAAGAUAAAAGAUAUGAAGAAUACACAGAAGAAUAGUCUCAAACACACUUCAACCUUACCCUUUUAUCUCUAGUGAAUGAGUGAGUGCUACUAUUGCUAUUGAAGAAGUAGCAUAUAGCAUAGCAUUUUUUUAGUAAUAACAGUAACACCCUUUUCUUCUUUUUCUCUUGUUUUGGUUCCUUGUGUAAGAACAAGAGGUUCUAGAAAGAAAGAGCUUUUUGGGGUGUUUUUUUUUUUUGUGUGGUUGUUGAGUGUUUUGUUAAGUCAAAGAAAGAACUACUUCAGUUGCAGCUAUGGCAUUUGGAUUUGGAGUACUAUUUCUUCUUGUUUUGCUCAUUUGUUUCAAUGUCAAUUCUGUGGAUUCAGAUGAUGGUGCUACAUUGUUAGAGAUAAAGAAGUCAUUUAGGGAUGUGGAUAAUGUUUUAUAUGAUUGGACAAACUCACCAACAUCAGAUUAUUGUGCUUGGAGAGGGAUCUCAUGUGAUAAUGUCACAUUCAAUGUUGUUGCACUCAAUCUUUCAGGGCUUAAUCUUGAAGGCGAAAUUUCGCCUGCAAUAGGGAGCCUUCAAAGCUUGGUUUCUAUUGAUCUAAAAGAAAACCGGCUAUCGGGUCAGAUACCUGAUGAAAUUGGUGACUGCUCUUCGUUGAUAAGCUUGGACUUGUCUUUUAACGAAAUUCGAGGGGAUAUACCAUUUUCAAUUUCUAAGCUGAAACAACUGGAAAAUCUGGCUUUGAAAAAUAACCAGUUGAUUGGACCAAUUCCUUCAACAUUGUCACAGAUUCCUAACUUGAAGAUUCUGGAUUUGGCACAAAAUAAUCUUAGUGGUGAAAUUCCAAGGCUUAUAUACUGGAAUGAAGUUUUGCAGUAUCUCGGCUUGCGAGGGAACAAUUUGGUCGGUUCACUAUCUCCAGACAUGUGCCAGUUAACCGGCUUGUGGUAUUUUGAUGUGAAGAACAAUAGCUUAACAGGAAGUAUUCCUGAAAACAUAGGCAAUUGUACCUCCUUCCAGGUCUUGGAUUUAUCUUACAACCAGUUAACUGGAGUGAUUCCAUUCAAUAUUGGGUUUCUGCAAAUAGCAACCUUGUCAUUGCAAGGAAAUAAACUUUCUGGACAGAUUCCAUCAGUGAUUGGUCUCAUGCAAGCACUUGCUGUGUUAGAUUUGAGUUGUAACAUGUUAACUGGACCAAUCCCUCCUAUUUUGGGGAAUUUGACGUACACAGAAAAAUUGUACUUGCAUGGAAACAAGCUGACUGGCUUCAUCCCUCCGGAGCUCGGAAAUAUGACAAAGCUUCACUAUUUGGAACUGAAUGAUAAUCAUCUAAGUGGACGCAUCCCUCCCGAGCUCGGAAAGCUUACUGAACUAUUCGACUUAAAUGUUGCUAACAACAACCUUGAGGGGCCGAUUCCCGGUAAUAUUAGCUCGUGUACAAACCUUAACAGCCUAAAUGUACAUGGGAAUAAGCUUAAUGGAACAAUACCCCCUACUUUGCAAAGCUUGGAGAGUAUGACUUCUUUGAAUCUUUCGUCAAACAACCUUCAAGGCGUUAUUCCAAUUGAGUUGUCACGGAUUGGUAAUUUGGAUACAUUGGACAUUUCAAACAAUAAAUUAAUUGGAUCAAUUCCUUCUUCCCUUGGUGACUUGGAACAUCUUCUGAAGCUGAAUCUUAGCAGAAACAAUUUAACAGGACCUAUUCCAGCAGAAUUUGGUAAUCUUAAAAGUGUUAUGGAAAUUGAUCUUUCUCAUAACAAACUCUCUGACUUGAUUCCUGUAGAGCUUGGUCAGCUACAGAACAUAGCAUCAUUGAGGCUUGAAAACAACGAAUUAACUGGGGAUGUGGCGUCACUUGUAAAUUGUCUUAGUCUUUCUCUGAUUAAUGUAUCCUAUAACAAUCUAGUUGGUGUUAUUCCUACAAGCAACAACUUUACCAGGUUUUCACCUGACAGUUUCAUUGGAAAUCCUGGUCUUUGUGGUAAUUGGCUUCAUUUUCCAUGUCAAGGCUCUCGCCCUGCUGAGCGAGUUACAUUAUCUAAGGCGGCUAUUCUUGGAAUUACGCUUGGUGCCCUUGUAAUUCUUCUUAUGAUACUGCUGGCAGCUUGCCGGCCACACAACCCGUCUCCGUUUCCAGACGGAUCACUCGAAAAACCAGGUGACAAAUCAAUUACUUACUCGCCUCCAAAACUAGUGAUUCUUCACAUGAAUAUGGCACUUCAUGUGUAUGACGAUAUCAUGAGGAUGACUGAAAACCUGAGUGAGAAGUAUAUAAUUGGAAAUGGUGCAUCAAGUACGGUUUAUAAAUGCGUUCUUAAAAAUUGCAAGCCAGUUGCUAUAAAGAGACUCUAUUCUCACUUUCCACAAUACUUGAAAGAAUUUAAAACCGAGCUUGAGACGGUUGGCAGCAUUAAGCACCGGAAUCUAGUCAGUCUCCAAGGCUACUCUUUGUCACCGUAUGGUCACCUUCUCUUUUAUGACUACAUGGAAAAUGGAAGUCUAUGGGAUCUUCUUCAUGGACCUACCACAAAGAAGAAAAAACUCAACUGGGAUCUGCGUCUAAAAAUAGCACUUGGAGCAGCGCAAGGACUUGCAUAUUUACACCAUGAUUGCAGUCCUCGCAUCAUCCACAGGGACGUGAAAUCAUCAAAUAUUUUACUAGAUGCAGACUUUGAGCCCCAUCUCACCGAUUUCGGCAUUGCCAAAAGUCUCUGCCCUACAAAGUCACAUACUUCUACUUACAUUAUGGGCACAAUUGGCUACAUUGACCCUGAGUAUGCCAGAACUUCCCGUCUCACCGAGAAAUCUGAUGUUUACAGCUACGGAAUUGUUUUACUCGAAUUGCUAACUGGGAGAAAAGCUGUUGACAAUGAAUCCAACCUCCAUCAUCUAAUUUUGUCGAAGACAGCUGACAAUGCAGUAAUGGAAACAGUUGAUCCCGACGUAACUGCCACAUGCAAGGACUUAGGAGCAAUAAAGAAAGUUUAUCAGCUUGCUUUAUUAUGCACAAAGAGGCAGCCAGCUGAUAGGCCAACAAUGCAUGAAGUGGCGCGCGUUUUAGCAAGUCUUGUGCCGUUAACCACCCCGCCGAAACAACUAACACCUCCACUGCCUGCAAUAUCUGCCAAACUGCCAUGCUACAUGGAUGAGUAUGCAAAUCUCAAGACACCUCAUUUAGUUAACUGUCCUUCCAUGAGCACCUCAGAUGCUCAACUUUUCCUCAAGUUUGGAGAAGUAAUCUCUCAGAACAGUGAAUGAGAGGAAUUUGAACAAAAAUCAAUGUUAUCAAAUUCAAGUGUCAUCAUGUAUGUAUAUUAAAACUCCCAUAAAGAAAAACAAAGGAAGGGAUACAAAAUAUUUGAUGAUGAGAGGCAUUGAAAAAUGGGGUGUACAAGUUUUUAAUUAAUUAAUUAAAAAAAUGUGUAUAAAAAUUUAGUAUUUUUAGUAUGAGUUUUAGUUGAGGAUGAUGUUAUGUGACAAGAAAGAUACAAUUAUGUAUUGAAAGGUGCAGUAACCAAAUGUGUUGUACUUUUAUGUUUGGUAGCAUCCAAGAUUGAAGUAAUGAAGUUAAAGGGUAUGGGACCAUUAUGCAGAGUGGGGUAGUUAGGUGUUAAUGGUAUUAGUGCAUAAUGUGUGAACAGCAAUAAUGCACUGAUUUUCUUAGCUGGAAUGGAUCAGUAUUUUGUCUGAAAAUGCUGCCAAUAUUUCAGAAGAGGAAGGGGGGUAUCUUUCUUUUAGUACUAACAUAUGAUGCUUAUUUGAUAGAUAUGUAGGUGCUAUGUGUAAUUGGUCAUCCAAAUUUGGGUCACUGGGCUCCCACUAGAUUUUUAAUACUAUGAUAUUGGUUUUUGUGC